GGGAGGCGCGCGCUGAUUCGCUGGAACAACAACUGGGUGUCCUUCCUGGACGCUCUCCUGCAGAUGCAAAUCCUGGGACGCGACUCCACGCAGCUGUACGUACCCACGUCCAUCCAGAAGGUGGUUGUGGACACGCGCCGACUGUUGGGGGUGCUUGACAGCAUGCGAACUAACCGGCGAUUGAUCGAGGCGCAGAUGGUGCCAGAGCUGGACCUCAUCACGACCGGCACUGUCGAGAUACGCGGCCUGUUC